UUCCCAGAAUGCAACAUUUGUCUGACGAUCUCCAGACUGAGGAAGUGGCCUUUUUAAAAUUGUGAUGAUUUUGUGGCAAUAGACGGGUUAAUUGUCUUUGUUUUAUUAUUUUGAUCGCGCAUGUGUAAUUGAAGCGUGUCUUUGAUCACUAUUGAACUGUAUCGAUUAUUAUCUGUCGCAGUCACGAUAUGACAGUCACUCUUAUCAUCUGAAACUAAUGAAUGAACUGAAAACCUCUGUAUGUUACACGAGAAACUGGCGGAUUUAACUGUAGCUUCUGUUAGUUUAUGGAUAUUAGAUGUACUUGAAGAAAGAUCUCGGAAGAAUCGAAGGUAAACCGUGUCAUUUACACUGUUCAGAAGGUUGCAGCCGGUCGCUCGCGAUAUAACGCUGUGAAAACAUCUGCUGUUAGAGGACAAGUCAAUACGAUAUAAAAUAAAACUACACACGGUCCAUUGUCAUGGAUUAUAUACACACGGCCAGAUCAGUGGAAGAUCGUCUCUUGAGCUACAGAAAAGACGAGUCCGGAUGGAAAACAUGCAAGAAAACUAAUGAUGUUGUGGUGUACUGGAGACCAUCUUGUGAAUUCGCGGGAUAUGUGUAUAAGGGGGAGGGGAUUGUCAAUGGCAGUCCAGAGAAAGUGUGGGACUGCUUGAAACCUGAAAUCAAUGGACUUCGUGUAAAAUGGGAUGCGAAUAUAAAGAAGUUUGAGCUGCUUGAGCAGGUGUCUGCGGAUGUUUCGAUCUGCCGGACCGUCACGCCUUCGGCUGCUAUGGGCAUUAUAUCACCUCGAGAUUUUGUUGAUGUCAUUUCCAUUAAACGCUAUGAGGAUGGCACAGUGUCAUCAAACGCCACCAAUGUAAGCCAUCCAAACUGUCCUCCUCAACCCGGCUUUGUCAGAGGAUUCAACUACCCGUGUGGCUGCUUUUGUGUUCCAGUUCCUGGGGAACCAGGCAAAACACAGCUGUUCAGCUUUUUCCAGACGGAUCUUGGAGGUUUACUUCCACGUUCAGUCGUCGAAUCAUUUUUCCCCUCUAGUAUGGUAGAGUUUUACAGCAACCUGACCAAAGCUGUAAAAUCAAUGAAAUAGCACCAAUGACACUUUAGAGAAAAUGUCCCCCUUUAAUCUUAAAUGUGAAUAUUUUGAUAAUUUGACACACCUUGCAUUUAAUCAAGCUUUAGGUGGAAAGUGAAAUGACCUUAAUCCUGAUUCUUCCGAUAGCUACAGUACAAAUGUCCAAACACACUUGCACAUAGUCCGUUUUAUAGGUAUAGAGUACUGGAACAUUUGGUUUACCAUGUUAUUUCAUUAAUUCUAAAAACUAGUGAUUCAAAUGGGGAGCUAUUGCACAAACAAUAGACAUUUACACUUAUGCAUUUGGCAGAUGCUUUUAUCCAAAGUGACGUACUGUGACAUUUAUCAGUCAGUUUGUUUCAGGGGAAUUGAACCCAUGAUGUUGGUGUUGCUAGCAUCAUGCUCUGCCAGUCCAGCUAUUCCAUCAGGGUGAUUUUUUUUUGGGGUGCGAUCCUAUAAUGUAGCAUGAUGAUAAAUUUGAAAAUAAUUUCAUUCAAAUAUGGUUAAUUUUUUCAGACUUUACAGCUCCAUUGUAAAACCUAGUGGGACCUUGCUUUCUACUUUACGAUUUGUGUGUGUCAUACAAAUAGUGCUACGUGAAACAAAAGGGAGUCUCGACUCACAGUUGAUUUGAACAGAGUUUGGCAUUAAAGGAUUAGUUCACUUCAGAAUUAAAAUUUCCUGAUAAUUUACUCACCCCCAUGUCAUCCAAGAUGUUUAUCUUUCUUUCUUCAGUCGAAAGGAAAUUCGUUUUUGAGGAAAACAUUCCAGGAUAUUUCUCAAUAUAGUGGAUGUCCAAAUUGCAAAUUAGUGCAGCUUCAAAGAGCUCUACAUUACAUUACGUAAUCACAUUGGAAAGGUCAUGUGUGACGUAGGUGGAAAUACUGCAGUAGGGCCUUUUUUUGUAAAGGGCAUUUGACUUAGUCUUUGACUUGCUCGGUACUUCCACCUACGUCACGUGUGACUUUUCCAACGUGAUUAUGUAAUGCGUGGCGCAUUGCAGAGCAGUGCAAGAUGAGCAUUUGUGGCUAAAAAGUGGUUAAAUUUUUAUUUAUUUUUUUAUAAAAUGGCCGAUUGUUUCACUAGAUAAGACCCUUAUUCCUCGUCUGGGAUCAUGUAGAGCUCUUUGAAGCUGCACUGAAACUGACAUUUGAACCUUCAACCCGUUGAACCCCAGUGAAGUCCACUAUAUGGAGAAAAAUCCUGGAAUGUUUUCCUCAAAAACCUUCAUUUCUUUUCAACUGAAGAAAGAAAGACAUGAACAUCAUGGAUGACAUGGGGGUGAGGAAAUUAUCAGGAAAUUUGAAUUCUGAAGUGAACUAAUCCUUAACAUAGAGGUAUCUUAGAAGACAACACAAGGUUGCUGCUUACUUUUUGAAACUGCUGUCAGGAGCACACCUUUGAUGUCUGGCCUAAAUAGGCAGUUCUCUAGUUUUUGGAACAAAGCCUUAUUUUAAUAAGCUGUUUUUAGAAUCUCAGUCAAAUAUUUUAUGACAUGUAUCUGGGUUUAUUUGAAUAAUUGAGCUCCUGAUGGAUGCAUUUAUAUCACAAGUCUGGAUGUUAGAUAUGCUGAAACCUAGUAUUUCUAUAUUUGAAUAGUGAUGUUAUAGCGCAUAAAUGGCUUUUGAAAUUCAUUGUUUACUGACAGAUGAGUAUCUUCAGACAUAUUUGAAGAAAUGCAUUUGCUGCUCUUCUCAGUUAACAUAACUGAGAUUGUGUACUGUAUGUUUGAGGCUGUUAAAAGAAGGCCAGAACAAUCUUGACAGAAUUAUAAUGAGGCGUGUUAUUAUGUUAUGAUGCAACACUAAGGUUUAGCUGGUUAGCAUGACCCCAUUAGCCUCUGCUGGUGAUUCUGUAACCAGUAUAAAGCUUUUUUCUCCUUUGAUGGCCAUUCAAAAGAAUCCAUGGACUGCCAGCCGAGCAACUGCCAUUAAGAGAACUGGGAAUGCUAAUGGAUGAAUGGAAAAUAUUGUGUAUUAUUUCAUACAUCUCUUUGAAAGGAACAAAUUACGCAUGUGGAAUUCUGUGGAAUCAGAAUCAGAUUAAGAAUAACUGAAAUUCCAAUAGAUUUCCUGAAUUUGAAUUGAAGUGGAGAACAGGAUGCAGAAUUUGAAUUAAAGGAAGUUGAAUUAGACAAUUACCUGACUAAAAUUUAAAAUUAAAUGUAAAAUUUUUCUAUAUAUAUAAUUUAAUGAGAUUACAUAUUUAAUAAAUUAACUAUAACCGUAACUUUGUCUUAGACUAAUGAGUUCUUCUGUUGAUUGAAUGUGUUCAGUGUCUUUGAAUGUCAGUUGAGUAAAUUCCACUUCUUGUCAUUGGAAUUCAAAUUCUAUUCCAAUUUUAAAUUGUGUGGGGUGUGGCUAAUUCAAUUCAAAUUCUCGCUCGUAAAUCGAAAGGGAGUCGAUUCUUGAAUUCAGAAUUUUGCCCAAGCCUUCCAAAAAAGCAUGAAAAAAUACUUUUUUUUUUUUUUUUCCAUAGUUGUAGAAGAAAUUAAUACCAUUUUGGCUUUGCAUUUCUGCUUGUAAUCUAAUUUGCACAUGGACAAAGGGACUGUUUGAUGCUAUGUAUAUGACUAACCUCAGAGAGAACAGUGUUGUAUGUCUUGUUUGUUGACUCUUAUAUCUUUCAUUGCCGUUUGCUGUUUUGUGUCCAGCUGCACGAUUGUCCAUCCUGACAUACAUCUUAACCAGUCGGUGCUUUGUGUUUUUAUGCCUGUACGCCGUCAGUGAAACAACUGUGAACGCAUGCUCGUGGCCUGGAGAUGUGUUCUGUGCUUUUUCAAUUAUUUUUACGUACUGUAUAUGAGCAAUAUACUCUAGUGCAUUUUAGGAUUAUUUUGGGGAUCUAGAUUUUACAUCCGUUUUGCAAGGAGUGUGUGCUUGCCUUCAGUAGUAUUGUGCAAUAUUUUAAUAAAACACAGAUUUACAUUCCAUUAGGAAUCAGAGUGUGCCAUCUGACAAAUCGCUCCACUGUCAAGCCAGGGUUUUUGAUUCCAGAUUUUUCAUUUUGUUGAAGUCGACCAUUUUACUUCUGCGUAAAAUUAUGUAUUUUGAAUAUAACAUUUUGAUUAGUGGAAAUUUAUUUUAUAUCUAUCUGAAAUUGAUAGGAUUGUAAAAGUGGGCAGUACAAAUCAGAAUGCAGGCAAAUGAUUGUCAUUUUAGAGGCGGAGCAAGUUAGUACAUUUUGUGAAGAAAUUUCUUUUAUCUUUCUAAUCAAUCACACACUAUGAGUAUGCAUUAAAAUUGGGUCAGUUGUUAUUUCAUGUUGACUUCAAACAUGUUUUUCUCUGUUUUUGCUCAGUGCAGCUGCACUAUGGGACAUCUGUGUACUGUUUGUUAAUACCCAAAAAAAUAAGAAAAAAAAGAAAUUGCACUGUCAAACACAUUGCUUGAUUCUUCUUUUAGAUUCUGUUUUCAGAUAUUAAAAAUGAUUGAUGACCAUGUG